GGGGGCUCCGGUUCCGGCUCCGGUCCAGCCGGUUGGGGUUCGUGGAGUCCACGAAUCAACGGGGCUUUUUAGUCGUACCGAACAACUAAUCGAACGCACUCACUCGUCGCGUCACGAGCAGAAAACGGACGGACGUGCGCGCGUUUUGGCUUUUCCCUCUGUGGGCUUGUGUGUCUUUGCGUGUCGGUAAAAAACAGAAAACCAAAAGCAAAGUAAAGUGUGUUUGAAUUAAAUCAAAGCCAUCGAGAAACAGCGCGACGUUUGUGUUUGCAAAUACAAAAGUAAAAAGUAAAAAAGUAUAAACGUCAAAGUGUCGUAGAAGCAGAGGCAGCAACAACAACAAGAGUGCAUUAAUUGCAUCUCUGCACCUCCGCCCCCUGCCCAAACGUCAUCACACCUAAAUUGUUGUUGCGCUCGCAGUUGGCGGCGUCUACUUGGUGAAGCACGAACCGAAUGUGAGAGAGCGAAUGUGUUUCAAUGAUGUUACUGCCUUCGGGGCGUUCGAAUAGUGAUGUCUAUCCGCUACAAAGUGCCAACAACAGCAGCACAACAGCCUCAGCCUCAGCCCCAGCCGGAGCAAAGCCCUUGCUACUGACACGAACAUCAUCGCCACAAUUGACAACGUUGCCCACAACAAAUGGCACCAACGCCCCCCACACAACGCCCAAUCGCCCACUGAAUGGUGUAGGAGGAGCAGCAGCAGCAGGAGCCGCCGCCGGAUGCCCGUCACAGUCGCAGUCACAGUCACAGUCACAGACCGGAAUACAGCCGAUAACAGCAGGAGGAGCAGUAGCAACAGGAGGAGCAACAACGGCAGGAGCAACGGAGGCGACAACAACGGAGCCUGUCAGCAGUGGAAUUGGGGUCGGCGUUGGCCCUGCCACUGCCGCUGGCACGGGCAUCUAUGGGCCACUUUUGGGUCAAAGCCAUGGACAUGGAAGUAACGCUGCUGGCGUUGCCGGAAAUUGGUCCGAAAUUGAUGGACACUUGGAGACAAUACAGGAGAAGCUAAAGCCUGGUUGGACCGUGCAUUCGGGAAAGGAGGGACGACUCUAUUAUUGCAACCACUUGGCACAAACAUCAGGAUGGCUGCCCGCCUGCGAGGAUUGGAGCAAGCAUGAGGAGCUCUCCUAUGGCUGGGAGCGUGCCAUAGAUUCCAAGGGUCGUUCCUACUACAUCAACCAUCUGAACAAAACGACCACAUACGAGGCACCCGAAUGCAUACGCUGGGACGAGCAUCCGCCGGAGCCGCGUCUCGUCCACCUGCAGCGGAAUGCCAGCCUGGGAUUCGGUUUUGUGGCCGGCAGCGAACGUCCGGUGAUUGUGAGAUUCGUGACAGAAGGCGGUCCCAGCAUCGGGAAGCUGCAGCCAGGCGAUCAGAUACUCGCCGUGAACGGGGAGGAUGUGAAGGACGCGCCCCGGGACCAUGUCAUACAGCUGGUGCGUGCCUGCGAGUCGCAGGUCAGUCUUCUGGUCUGCCAGCCCAUGGCUCACUGCAUCCUGCCGGGCCGCAAGUCCACACUCCUGUCGGCGGGCAAGCGGGCCAAGCUGCGAUCGCGUCCGAGUCGCGUGAGAUUCGCCGAGAGUGUGUGCGUCAAUGGGGCACCUCUAUUUCCGCCCUCGGCGUUCUCUCUGGGCGAUAUAUGCGUGCCGCCGAUGGCAAAUGUGCUGAAGGUGUUCCUGGAGAACGGGCAGACCAAGUCCUUCAAAUACGAUGCCACCACCACGGUCCACGAUGUGGUUAGCUCUCUGCUGGACAAGCUCUGUCUCUGCUGCGGAGAGCUCUUCAGCCUGGUCCUAGAACAUGUGAAGAGCCUCAAGAGAAAUAAGCUCACGCUGCUGGAUCCCCAAGAGUCCUUGGCCAGGAUUGCUGCUCGUCCGGGAGCCCACAAGCUGCGCUGCCUAUUCCGCAUCACCUUCGUGCCCAUCUCGGCCGCCGAGCUGGCACAGAGGGAUCUGCAUGCCCUGGACUACCUCUACAUGCAGUGCUGCAACGAUGUCAACCAGGAACGCUUCGCCCCCGAGCUGCAGCCGGAACUGGCCCUUCGCCUGGCCGCCCUCCACAUGCACCAGCACGCCCUGGCCAACAAUUUCUCACCCGCGAAGCUCACCGUCAAGCUGGUCGAACGCGAGUUUGGACUGGAGCGAUUUGUCCCAGUCAGCCUGUUCGAGGGCAUGAAGCGGAAGGAGCUGCGCCGCCUGAUCUCCCACUUCUUGAAGCUCAAUGCGGAGAUGACGGGAUCAUCGAGCAAGGUCCUAACACAGCUGCAGGCCAAACUCCAUUAUCUAGAUAUAAUCGCUAGUUUACCAAGCUAUGGAGCCAAAUGCUUUAGCACAAACCAAAGAGAAGGCGUCGAGCGUGUCCUGUUGGUGAGUCCACGCUUCGGCCUCAGUCAGAUAUCGAGUGCCCGCAAUUCGGUGCCCCAACCGAUUUCGGCCAUCGAGGACUUCACCCAUGUGGUGGUGAAUCGUGAGGACGAUGUGACCUGCAGUGUGUCCAUCUUUAUGCUCGGGGAUCGGGCCGUAAAGUUCAUCAUGGAGGAUCGGGAUGCGUGCGAGUUCAGUUUGGUCCUGGGCGGCUACUAUCGCCUGCUGACGGGCAACAUGUUGAAUCUGCUGAGGGAAAGAGACCCCUCGGACGAGGAUAAUGCACCUGGUUUCUUGUCGCAGCACACGGUGCUGCCCGCGGGCUGGAGCUAUCUGCUGCCCUACCACACGCGGGCGCACAGCGUCAACUUCCUGAUGACGCCGCCCUACCAUCCCGUGACGCAGCUUCCCCCUCAAUUGGGGGCUCCCUUACAGGCGCAAUCACUGCCCUAUGUAAUGGACUUGGAUCUGCACAGCGUCAUGGCCACGGAGCUGCUGGAGGAGGCGGCCAAGGACUCGGGCCUGAGCGACAGCAGCGGCAGCAACUACUGCGAGGGCCGCAUCCAGUCCUCCCAUCAAAUGGCCAGUGUGGAGGCCAAGAACGAACAGGUACUGCGUCGCGUCCAGGAGCUACAGCAUCUCGUCCAGACCUCCGAGCAGUAUCUGAGUGAGCAGGAGCAGGGACUCUCCGGCGGAGGCCAGACAAUGGCCGUCCUCGAGUUUGAUUCGGACUGCGACAGUCUCAACAGCAGUAAGGUCUCCUCCACGGAGGAGACCUCGAAUGUUCUUAGUCUGGGCGUGUCUCUGCCCCCGAGCAAUCCCCUCAAGCACAGCGACUCGCUGACGCUUCUGGCGGAAACCAUCAGCCAUGAUCUGAGCGGCAUCACGCAGGGCCUCAAUGCCAUACCGGAGACGGUGGCGCCCGUCUCCUCAUCGGCCCCGGCCACUCCAGCCACGCCCAAGCGAAAGCCGAGCCUUUGCAGCACCUCCAGUCCGCGGCCCCAGCGAAAGAUGAACGGAUUCAGUCAGCUGCUCAGCGAUCUCCAGGCCUUGGGCACGGACUUUUCGCAGAGCGAAAGCGACUCGGAGUCGGUGGCCUCGCCCGCCCAGUCGCCCACCGCCAGGCGACCCCAGAUAAUGGUGCUCCAGGCAGCAGGCGGAUCCAUUCCCGGAUCCGGAGGAUUGGGAGCUGCCAAACAGCCGCUCUCGCAGCGCAGCAGCUUCGGGCUGCAUAGCCCGGAUGGCAGCCAUUUUGGGGCCGAAACAAAGGACUACAAUCUGCGGGAGUAUCUCCAGCAGCUGAAGGAGAUCAGCAAUGCCUCGUCGGCGGACACGGAUGUGGCGGCGCGCCAGCUGUCGGAGAUCUACGGCUUUGAGGUGCGCGAGGACACCUUCAUCGAGACGGACCCGGAUCUGAUUGAUUUGCGUGCCAUACCCCCACCCCAGACCCCGGAUGAGCUGGACUCCCUGUCUCUGAUGAAUGCUGCCCCACCCAAGGGCUUCGAGGGUCGGGCCGAGGAGCUGGACAGCUUCCUGCAGCAGAUAAUGGUGGCACCACCCACCCAGAAGGCAACACCCGCCAAAGAGCUCACCCCGGAAGAGAUUAUGUCCUUUAUCAUCCCACCGCCACCUAAUCUAGAGCAGCAGCAACAGGUGCCCCAGCAGCAAGGGCCACCUAUGGAGACGGAAUCCCUGUACAGCAACUCGGUGCAGGCCAAGCGGGAGUUCUUCCAGUCCGUGGCCAAUGGGAGCCACAACAACAACACCAGCAGUAGCAACACCGGCAAGGAGCAGUCCCCGCAUGUCAUCGAGUAUGCCACUGUGGAGCGGAAGAGCAAGUUUAGCUGCUGUCCCACCACCAAAAAGGAAGAGUCCUCUCCCGCUCCAGCAGCAGCAGCAGCAGCAGCCGCACCGCCCGAGGUGCAGCCACCGCCCAGGACACCCACCGCUGAGCAGAUGUCGCCACCACCCGCUCGACCACCCAAAAGCGCAGAGCUUCUGCAACGGUACUCACCCAAAAAGCAGGUGAGGAUUAUGGCCACACACCAGCAACAGCAGCAGAGGGACAGCAGUAGGGGACCGCCCCAGCUGCCACCUAGAGGCAGUCCCACCUUCGAUGCACAGCAGGCGAGUCCCCAUCCCCCAGCGGCAGCAACAGCAGCAACGGCUGCCAUGAUGAUGUCGGUGAGUGGUCCGAAGAAACCCCCACUGCCGCCCAUUGCCAGUCGCCCGCGUCCAACGAACGGCAUGUCUCCAGCACAACCUACUCCUGCACCACCACCUGCCCACUAUUCACCGCCCAUACCGGCCACGACACGCCUACCCAAUGCUCAUUCCAAUGGCCACCAGCAACAGCUGCAGCAACAGCAACAGCAGCAGGUUCCUCUCGUACCAAAGAAGCCCCAGCAGCUGCACGGCGAGAAGCUGUUCCUGAAGAACGGCCACCUGAUCGAUGGGGAGGCGCUGCUGGGCAAGACCGAUGUGGCCAUGGCCGGGCUGCUGAUCCGACUUGACCAGGUGGCAGCCCAGUGCUCGGCAGCCCAGUCGGCGGGCGGAGGGACGAGCAUCGACGAGGAGAAGUUCCAGCGGGCACGCAACGAGCUGACAGAGCAGACUCUGGCUCUGGUGACGGCCAGCAAAUUCCUAGUGGCCUCCAUGUCGGACAUGACGCUGAUUACGCUGCCCGAGCACCUGACCUCCUGCCUGACGGCCAUACGGCGGAUCACGGAGCUGGCACAGGACAUGACCCGGCAUACAUCGGCUCCGCUGCAGACGCGAAAUAUCGUUCUGAAAGUUCACGAUGUGGCGAGCAGUUUCCGGGAGCUGGUGGGUGUGCAGAUCGGACCCAUUGGAGCUGGACAGUUGGCCCUGCAGGCCGAGUGCUUGGCCAAUGUCUUGGCCACUCUGCUGCGAUCCUUGCGGGUGUUCUCCCCAUAGCCCAACGGGAGUACAGGAGGCGGAUCCAAUCCCAACCCUGACAUAUCGCACGCUCGUCUAUCUACGCAACUCUCUCUAUGUAAAUCCCUAUAUACAACCUACAUCUAGGAUGGCAGCUGCCUAUAUGGCCCCUAUAUAACCUUAUAGACUCAUACAGUAUAUAUAUUUAUAUACAUAUAUAUAUACAUAUGCGAUAUAUCAUCUCUCGAAACUAUUUUACAGGUAAAGAGCAACGUCAGAGAGUCGUUGGUCUGAUGUCUUUAGGCUAAAUCCUUACGUACUCGUAAUAUCAACAUGGAACAUGGAAGCUCAAACGAUGGGAUCGUCUCUGCGUGUGGUAUGGUGGAAUAUGCUAUAUACUAUAUGCUAUAGAAAGAUCUUGACAAAAUCUGAUUUGUAAUUUUAGAAAAAUAUAAUGGCAGCUAGGAUUAUGUGAUGGGAUCUAUGCAGGCAUUUCAAAUUUUCAAUCAUUCAAGGAUCUUAAUGAACUUUCCCUGAAGCGUUUAUAGUAUAUUUUGUUAUCUAUUUUUGUGGGCAAUCUCUGGGGCAAUGUCUCUGUAAUUAAUUCGUAAUUUUGUACCUGUUUUCAGUAUUCCGAGCAUGAUUUUCUAUUCUAUUUUCUUUCGCAUUUGAAUUUACGAUUGUAGGCUUUUUCUCGAAUUUGUUUCUACCUGAACUCUUCUUUAAUCGUUUAUAUAUCACUUGCUCAAAGCAGAUUGAAUAUUUUUAGGAAAAAGCCUGUCUAUCUCAAUCUCUACUUAUUCCAUAAUUGUCAUAUCUGUCUACAGUCCUACAGCUUAUUCCAUCAUAUCUGAGCGAUCUACAUAAUAAAAUAUCUCGAAAAAAAAA